AUGGUGGUGGGAGAUUUCAAUGAUUUUGCUACGAUUGAUGAACGUGUGGAUAACAACUCUGAUUGCAUGGAACGCAUCUUAAAGUUUCGGGAAUGUUGGAGUAUGUGUAAUCUGAUGGAUGCUGGGUAUGUGGGCAUUAAGUUUACUUGGACUAGACACAUACAUGGGAGAGUUACGCUUCAGGAAAGGCUCGAUCGUUUGCUUCAGAAUGUGGAUAUGGUGGAUCUCUUUCUAAAUCUCAGAGUGAUUACGCUGAAUAGAGUAUAUUCGGACCACAAUCUGAUCCUUGUUAACACUGACUUGGGAAUUCCAGUUGACAGAGAAAAACGCCCAUUUAGAUUUGAAGCAGCGUGGCUUACUCAUGAAGAAUUCAAGGCUGUCUUUAGUUUAGCAUGGGAUAAGAAGAAGGAUUCUCUUGUCAAUGCGGUGGAAGAAACAAAGAAUGCCAUUAUUGAAUGGAAGGAAAAUAGGUUUGGCAACAUUUUUAAACGUAAGAAAACGUUGAUGAAACGUAUUCAAGGUAUUCAAAGACCCUCAAAGUAUUUAUAUUCAGCUUAUCUUCAAGAGUUGGAAAAGGCCCUCGAAGCUGAAUACCAACUGGUGUUAAAUCAAGAGGAAAUUCUUUGGUUUCAAAAAGCAAGGCUGGACUGGAUGUUGAAAGGUGAAAGAAAUACUAAGUUUUUCCACCUUACAACAAUGGUGAGGCGAAGAUAUAAUAAAACAGUGGGCUUAUACAUAGGAAAUGAUUAG